GAAAACUUUCGAUUUUCUUAUCCGUUGCUCUUUUUCCGUUUUUUCGAUAAAAGUAGGGCUAGCCUUCAGGCCUUUAAAGACUUAUAGUAUGCGUCCUUAAAAGGAAAAAGGUAAUCACAAUGCUGAGCUCCAGCGAAUGGAGCAAGUUACCAAAUCUAAUAGGAAAGGUAAUCAUUCGGGACAUUCAGAAUUACCAUAUAUAGCUUGGAUUUUAUCCAUAAGAAACCGUAAAUUUAACCAGCUGUUCCUCAAUGUAAGAUGAAAUGCAACCUUUUUUCUGUGGUAUAUAUCCCAUGCGUGUCAUAAAAUGUUAAUUAAUGAAGCAGACUUUAUGGAAUCGCCAAAAUCCAACUUAUAAGCGGCAACUAACAGCGGACAGAUCUCUGCGCCCCGCAAACUUCUUCGUUUAUUGUUUCCAAAACACUUCUACUAAUUUAAACGCUGUGAUCAACAUUAAAAUUCAAAGGAGUGUGUGUUAGCGAAAAUUCAUGCGGGGACAAUUUUUUUGUCGCAGGGACAACGACUGUAACGUAAAUUUAAAUGCUCCUACCGUGAGCCUGGCUGAACCAAAUAACUUCAACACGUUCGUCGCAGCUACUUGUCGAGUUCAAGCUGUGCUUUGAGAGAUUUAAAAUUUCACUAAAAAAGCAAGCUGAUCGGUUAAGUAAACAUGUCAAAGUUCAUAUUGAAAUUUCCUAAAUUGCUGCCUCGAGGAGGAAUUCGAAACUUUUCAACAAUAGUUACUUUUUCAAAAUAGCAGCUGUUUCUUCGCCAAAAGAACUUGAAUUUCCAUGCAUUCAGUCGCUCUGUUAUCACUUGUAAAGAAAACAAUGCUUUCAAUCAACGACAGCCAAAGAAACCAUUUUGCGUAUUCGUGUCGACAAUGACGUCUGAAAGUAUGGCUUAGGGGGCCUAAAGCAAGGUGUUUUAAGAUGAUUCAAAUGACAUGUUCAAAGUUGUUAAGAAGGAGUUAAACUCGAAAAAAUGAUCUCAAGAUAAGUGCUUUACUUUUCAAUCGAGAUCUUAGUUUCUGAACCAAUACCAUGUACCCACUGCAAAAGAUUAAAAAAUUCCAUGGAGGUUCCCGCUGCGCAAUAUUUGUGAUAUCUACCGACAGUCAGAUUGUAGGGUUGUUACAGCAAGAUUCAGGUGGCAGGAUUCAGAGUUUAUCACCGUAACUUCCUCUCCCUUCGUCUUUAAAGCUCAACUGUGACCAGGUGAAACUUUAGGUUGCAUCGCAUCCGGGAACUGGACCUUAAACGAAGACGCUGCUCAGCAUUUGGCCCACAGCGCAGUGUGGCUGGAUAGACCGCGAUUAGCUAUCAACUAGCAUUACACGCUACAUUUAGUUUGAGGCCGAAAAACAACUUUUUCACGGAAAGGAAUGGUUUGAAAGAAUGACGAACAACACCACGACACACGUUACUUCAGCUCGUAUGACUUACUUUGGCGCGGAACCAAUACUGCAGUUGACUGCCACUAGUUUCAUCGCACUGGUUGGCGUUAUGGGAAAUAUUCUCACCUGUGUCACACUAAUGAGCAAACACGAACCCUUCAAAUCACCCAUAAAGCAGUAUCUGAUAAGCUUAGCCGUGGCUGAUAUAGGAAUUCUCACUAUUGCCUACCCCAUGAUAAUUAUCAGAAGUGAGAUUAGCUGGCCGUUUGGUGAGUACGUGUGCCGAUUAAUUUUUCCUUUGACAGACGUAUUUUUCGGCGCGUCAGUAUGGGCAGUUACAGCUGUUUCCAUGGAAAGAUGGCGAAAAAUAUUGACGACUAGACUUAAAUCAACAAUAGAAUCAUCGGGAUAUGCAAUGCGAGUAGUUGCAGCCAUUUGGAUUGCGUCCUUUCUGGUAACUUCUACACCAUUUUACAUUAUGGUUGAAUAUAUUGACACUGGAAAUGACAAAUUUUGCUUCUACCAUUGGGAUAAAUAUGAAAAGUUCCACGAAGUGCACUCUGUCGUGUUAUUUUUGUUCUGGUUUGGAGUUCCAAUGGGCAUAAUUUUAUGCAACUACAUAUCAAUAACGAGGACACUCAAAGAAAGCACAAAAUUUAUCGUACAUUUUUACAAAACAAUCAGUGCGGAACCUUCAAGCUCGUUCACAGCAACAUCAAGUCAAAUCUUUUCAAAGCUCAGCAGCACAAGUAACGCACCAGUCUGUCGCAGAUUAAAAGAAAACAAGCAAGCCCAGCUCAUCCUCACCCCUGUUGUCAUCAUGUUCGCCAUUACGAUGCUUCCUUUUAACUUAAUGCUCCUAACGCUGGCCUUCUGGCCUCAUUUAGCUCUGAUGCCAUUUUUCCCCGACAUUGUUUAUCUGUGCAUUUUGUUAGUAGUGGUCAAUUCGUCUUGUAAUCCCAUUAUUUACGAGUUGGUGAGCAGGAAUUUCAGAAAUUCAUUGUGGGCCGUUCUUGAGGGCACUUGCAGGAAACUUUUUGAAUCCGAGAGAGAGGAUUUUGAAAGGGAACACGUGGUUUAGGAAUUAGGACUAAACGUUCAAUGCGGGCCCGGAACAGUUUUCGAGACAAGUGAACAUUGCUUUCUAUCGACGCCUUCAUGCCCCUCACUUAGGUGUUGUACGAAAACUCUGAGUAAUUUGAGACGAGCACGUGCGCGAAGGACUGUGGGAGGAGGAAAUUACGCUAAAUUUGCUCCCUUGCGCGCCCAUUGUUUUCCCUGGGCACAAGAAAAAAAUGGCUCGACUGAAAUGUCUCUUGAGUAAACCUGUUAGAGAAAUUUCCAUUUGAACGUCGCAGUAACUCGCGAUUGUCUGAUUUUUGUUGUUUUCGCUCUGUGCUUGGACUUUUAGAUGCCUGAUUAUGUUUAGAGAAGAUUAUUCAUACCAAGAGGAAGUAAUGGAAUUAUUUUAUUUUGUUUACUUAUAUUCGAUACACGCAUUUAUGUUAUGACAGUAAUCUAACAAAUGAACGUAAAGGCACCCGUGUAUUUACCACUUCAAAGUGAGACACUGGUUUUCAACACUGAAAAUUAUCCAGAUCAAAAAGAAAAGUGAUUAGCUUUUAAAAACAAGUAUAACAGUAAUUUUUCAAAUUGACAAAGAGUUUAAGUGCAUGUGGCGCGUCAAAAUGAGGAUCCUGGGACAGGAAAUUAGUUCUCAACACUGGAAAUUACUCAGAGGAUAAUAAGAAAGUACGGUGCACCUAUGAAUCACAUGCAGUAUGAAUCAUUAGAGAGCGCACAAACAAACAUCUUUUUCUCAGUUAUCUUUGGAACUACAGACGAAAAGCGCAGGCUUUCCCAGGAUUUCAAGCCUUGGGUUUGUAAAAUUUACAGGGAACUUAGCGCGCGGAACUGAGGAGCCGGGACUUAUAUCUGGAGAGCUCUCUCAGCAAAAUAUAAUAAUGCUUCGAAGCAAUGUAAUAACUAAAUCCACUUUAUUAUCCUUCAAGGAAAACGUAUUAAAAACAUACUAUGUAAACGAAAA